CACAAAAUAAUACUCUUUUUGUGUGGGCCUUUUCCUUCUCUUCGUUUCUUUCCCUUCCUCCUUUCCUUUCUUCUUGGGUUUACUACUGCCCUCUCAACACCUUUCGUCGGCUUCUGUACAUACAACACACAUCAUCUUUUUUGAACGUAUAUGGUUUCAUUCAAUCGACUGACUGAGAACCUGUUCCUGCUCACCACCGGCAUCCUCUCCUUGUGCGCGUGGGUGAUUGCAUUCGGUGGGCUUUGCGCCUUUCGGCAGCUGAGCGGUGGAGGCUACUGGCUCAUUGUUUACGAACUACUGUUAAUUCUUGGCACCCUCUUUGUUUUCAUGUCCGGCACUUUUCUGCACUACAGAAUGGUCUUGCUAACGUUCCUGGCCGUCAGUAUUGCCAUGUUGAUGGGACAAAUUGACGCAGUCCUGCCGGUUAGCAGAUUCGGGUACGACGCAAACCAAGAUGGCGCAGGUGCAUAUGCUGCAGGCUACAUUUUUAUUGUCAUUAUCCAGUUCCUGUGGGUGUUUGUGUUUGGCAGCGAACCGCAUAGCUAUUUGGGCCAAUUCGGUCAUGGAUGGAGCGCCAUGAACAACAGUGUCGAUAAUCAUCACCAACACCCGGGUAUGAAGGCUGCUGCUGCUAAUCCUCCCGCUGUCAUGGGCGCUGGCCAGGUUCAAUCGACGCAUCAACAACAAGUACCUCAAUACGAAAUGACGACCGAUAAAACCAUGGUACCACCCGGUGGGUUCAAUAGUCCUCAAUCUGCAUAUGAGAUGCAAGCACACCCAGCUGCGUCAUCACCCCAGCAGCAGCAACAACAACAACAACCGCUUCAGUCGCCUUCGUCUCCACAGCAAGAACCGCCUGCCGAGUACAAGGAACGCGUUGAAGCUCUUCACGAUUAUUCUGCAAGCACGGAUGAUCCAAGCGAGUUGAGUUUCCGCAAGGGUGAGAUUCUAGAAGUGGUUGAACGGAAAGGAAACUGGUGGCAAGCACGCAAAGCCGAUGGAAGCAUGGGCAUUAUUCCCAGCAACUACUUUGCUUAAAUUACUUUUUAUAUUAAACCGUGACGACGACGACGACGAAUUACAAACCACAUUACAAGACACAAAUUGCAUACAUAUCAAUCCGCUCUCUCUCUCUCUCUUUUUCUCGCUCUCUUAUAAUAUAUAUGUUAUAUCUAACUAACUCUUCUCUGCUCUGCACUUGCUGUAUCCACUAUACUCUUUAUUAUGUAUUAUCCCGUUUUCCAACUCCAAAACCUUAAUUAAAUAAUAAUAAAUCGGACGUGUGCUGGGGAACCAGCGGAGCUCUUCGUGGCGGGCUGGCUGCUCCUCACAGACACACCCACACCCACACACACAU